UUUCCCAUACUAAACAUGGCCGCUGCUGCGCGGUGACAGUGAGUGCUGCUAUGCUGUGCAUAGCACAUAUACUGGCAGAGUCCGGGUUUAACCAUUCAUCACUCGGCAGGGGGAUACUGGAUUUAAUGUACACCAUUAUUUACGAGGGAAGCGUCCGCAGCAGUGCGGGAGCGCCCCUGCUCAAUGUUGGAAGAGGCCGGGCUGUCAAUAUGGCUGUCGCUGCAGCUGCUGCUGCAAAUAGGCACGGCUCAGCGGGCAGGAUGGAGGGCAUCAGCAACAGGCAGAGCCGGACCGGCCCGGGAGGAGCAGUAAAGGUGCUGGAGUGUGGUGUUUGUGAAGAUGUCUUUACGCUGCAAGGAGACAAGGUUCCCCGGUUACUGCUGUGCGGACACACUGUCUGUCAUGACUGCCUGACGCGCCUUCCCCUGCAUGGCCGGGCAAUACGCUGUCCAUUCGACAGGCAGGGUACCGAACUCGGAGACUCUGGUGUUUGGGGUUUAAAGAAAAACUUUGCUCUACUGGAACUUCUUGAACGACUGCAAAAUGGCGCAAGUGGUCAGUGUGGUUCUUCGGAAGAAGCCAUAGGAGCAUGUGGAGAGAGUAUCGUCCGCUGCGAUGAAGAUGAAGCCCACGUGGCUUCUGUAUACUGCACUGUAUGUGCCACCCACCUGUGUGCAGACUGCGCCCUGCACACGCACUCCACAAAGACACUAGCCAAACACCGACGUGUACCUCUAGCUGACAAACCUUAUGAGAAAACCCUGUGCUCCCAACAUCAAGUCCAUGCCAUUGAGUUUGUGUGCUUGGAAGACGGCUGCCAGGCCGGCCCCCUUAUGUGCUGCGUCUGCAAGGAGUAUGGAAAGCACCAGGGUCACAAGCAUGUUGUUCUGGAGUCUGAAGCAAGCCAGAUCCGUGCCUCCAUUUUGGACAUGGCGCAUUGUAUAAGGAGCUUCACAGAAGAGAUCUCUGAGUACUCCAGAAAGCUCACUGGCAUCGUCCAGCAGAUCGAAGGCGGAGAGCAAAUCGUGGAAGACGGGAUCGGAAUGGCGCACACAGAGCACGUCCCGGGUACAGCAGAGAACGCCCGCUCCUGUGUCCGAGCAUAUUUUUCAGAUCUACAUGAGACGCUCUGCCGCCAGGAAGAAAUGGCGCUCAGUGUAGUUGAUGCACAUGUGAGAGAACAGCUCAUCUGGCUGCGGCAGCAGCAGGAGAAUAUGACUAUCCUGCUAUCUGAGGUGUCCACAGCUUGUCUCCAUUGUGAGAAGGCGUUGCAGCAGGAUGACUGCCGAGUGGUGCUGGCCAAGCAAGAGAUCACGCGCCUGUUGGAGACUCUGCAGAAACAGCAGCAGCAGUUCACUGAGCUGGCCGAUCACAUCCAGCUGGAUGCCAGCAUUCCGGUCACAUUCACAAAGGACAAUAGAGUUCACAUUGGUCCUAAAAUGGAAAUUCGCGUUGUAACACUAGGCCUUGAUGGAGCAGGAAAAACAACUAUAUUAUUUAAGCUAAAACAGGAUGAAUUCAUGCAGCCGAUUCCUACAAUUGGUUUUAAUGUUGAAACUGUGGAAUAUAAAAACCUGAAGUUUACGAUUUGGGAUGUUGGAGGCAAGCACAAGUUGAGACCCUUGUGGAAGCAUUAUUACCUUAAUACACAAGCUGUAGUGUAUGUAAUAGACAGCAGUCACCGAGACCGAGUCACGGAAGCUCACAGUGAACUCGCAAAGCUGUUAACGGAGAAGGAAUUACGUGAUGCCCUGCUCUUAAUAUUUGCCAAUAAACAGGAUGUUGCCGGUGCUCUAUCUGUGGAAGAAAUGACUGAGCUACUGAGCCUUCACAAACUGUGUUGUGGCCGCAGCUGGUAUAUCCAGAGCUGUGAUGCCCGGAGUGGUAUGGGGUUAUAUGAUGGCCUUGACUGGCUAUCCAGGCAGCUAGUAGCAGCUGGUGUGCUUGACGUGGCUUAAAUGUGGGAGAUGGGGGUCAGUUCUUAAGUCAGUGAUUUUCUCUGUUCAUCUGUUGAUUGCUUCUUACAGAAUGUUGGCCUAUUUCAGCAUAAACCAUGGCUAAUGUCACAUGGACUUGUGAGACGUCCCAGUUCAUGAAUAAGUCCAUAGUAUACUCAUCCGCCCUAUUUGAGCUUUAGGAGCUCCGUGUAAAGCCCCAUUCACCUGGACGGAAUGAGCAAUUGAAGCUGAAGUUGCUGUCACACAAGCGCUUAUAUGCUGUAUAAAUGCUGCAGGCAGUGUUCAGAAAGCGUAUCAAAACGUCUGACUUAUAGAGUGGGUUAUAGCAGAGUUCCUGUUGCUAUCCUGACUGAAAACAUCUGCGUGAUGUGAUCUGGAAACCUACAGUAAGAAAUAAGCUCUCUAGCAUCAGCCAAUAUUUAGCACAAUGGUCUGCUACAAUUAAUGUGAUGUCUGUGAAGAAUGCAAUUCUAACACAUUGGCUACUGUCUCAUCCAUACUUAUAUAUUUACAUACUACAGUCUGAUGUUUACACUACAGGCACAGUAUUUUAUUUAAUUAGCAAUGGCUAAAAGUAUAAUCUGAGUACCAACCAAUUUAGUACCGUGUGAGCUACACGGAUGAGGAGCCUCUUUUUUUGUGGGUCAAAUAAUUUAGUUUUGGGGGUUUUUUUGCCUUUCCACGCGUUAUGAACAAGUGAUAUCUCUGAGGCACAAGGCACAUGGUGCCUCCUAUCUUGAUGUCACUGGUUCCGAGUGAAUGCAUACACUGCAUUAUCAUUAAUAAGCAUGCGCAGUGGCUGCCUGCAAUGUAUAUAGGUUACCUGUAUACUUUGAUCAUAGGUUAGAGAAUUAACCAUUGCUAGAAGGGGUUUUUAAGAGCACUGCAUAGAUAAAUAAAAGUAAAUGAUAAUACAUUGGAGGUGAUGAGGUCUCGACAUUACGUCCAUGAUUAAAAGAUUCUGUCGUCUUAGUGAUGAGGUGAAAUGUAAUGUUACCAUAUGACACAGGUGGAGUUUUUCUGCCGGCAUUAACAGUUGGCUACUGUCCUGUUUCUGUAUGAACUACGUAAUGCUAUAGUCUGUGAUUUUAAUUAGAAAUCGACAUAUCGAUCCACAAAGAAGCAGUGCCUUGUGAAUGUUUGGUCAUUAAGUGCCUCUUUGCUGUCACUGCUUCUCUGUGAUUUGAUUGGCUGCAAUCAGGAAUAUUGUUUCAACACCCAAAAUGACUUUUUCCAUUGUGUGUAUAGUAAGGUUGCUAUGGAUUAUGGCAUGUGUAUCAAUGUUAGCAAUCUUAUCAGCAGUGAUCAGUUUAGUGCAGGCUUGCCCAAUUCUUACACCAUUUGGUUGUUAAUGAACUAUUGUACAGGUGUCACAGUGACAGCUCAACAUCCUUGGUAUAUAAGGCCUACAGAUGUGGUCCACAUGGACUGCUGAGAGGUAUAGCUAAUCUUCACCGCCCAUUGUAGAGUAGCCAAAUUACACACUGAUCUGGGUGAUUAGCCUAACAACCAGAUUGCCCUGUACAUGGGAGAACCAGAGCUGAAUUUGUGUAGUAAUCUGUGUUACUGCUGGGUGUUUAGUUACAGAAUGCCUAGAACAUGAGACGGAUGCCAGCCCCUGCAGCCUGACAUAUACACCCUGGCCUUGUAUGUGUAGCCAGUAAUCCUGUCUGUGCAUGGCACUUUUCAUUCAUACAAUGACUGGGAAGGUAAUAAGAGCGCCUCUAAUACUGUUAAUAAGUUUACUCAGAUGAAUGUUAUUAAAUAAGGUGUUUUACAUUAUUUAAGGCACAUGAGGCUGACUUUUAUUCUUAAAUCAUAACCAUCGAACUUCAAAUGUGCAGUGUGGACACUACUAAUGAUAAUGGCUAUGAUUUCAUAUAUAAUAGGGAAAACAGAAUGUGUACAAAUUGUACGCUGUCAGUCAGCAUUAUAAUGCGUAUCCCGGCAACAGUAUAGACUGUGUAGCACAUGACCGGUUACUAUGGAAACUCCAAUAAAGCACUGCAUGAUCAUCUUCUUACGUAUCAUCUUGGCACAGGUAGACACGUGGAACCAUUGCAUGGUCCUUGCAUUUAGUUAGACGUGUAUCUGCUCUGCAGCGUCUCUCGGUUCAGCAGGUCCAUCCACAUGCACUCUCACUAAAUGUUAAAAACAAGGAUUAACUCUAGUAUGUUUUCCGUGCUCUUAUAUUAUACACUUCUUCACUGCGUGGCGUCUUAAUGUUUUUACCCCCCCCCACCCCCCUUUGAGUUCACAAGAUAACACAAGUGGUAUAACAUAUUAACACAAGGUGGUAAUAUAGUUAGCGUAACUUGUUUUGCAAUUAUUUUUUAAUUCUGUUUGAACUUGUAGAGUGAAUGCCUUAUUAAGGUUGCAUGGUCUGUGACGCACUACGACCCUGGUACUGGUAUCAUGUAUUUGAAAGUUUUGAUAGUUUAUUGUUGGCUUUGUUUUUGUUUGUUUUUGUUUUUUUAUAUAUAUAUUUCUGCAGAUGCAUGUACUUUGCAAGCGUAUAUCCAUUUCCUGCUUCUUGUAACAAUUUAAAAUAAACUAAUUGUCUUAA